AUGGCGCAGGAGUUCGUUGAACCGCAAACUGAAACACCAGCGCCACGUGCCAACAUGCUCGUCUCGGUGCAAACCGACUCCGUGGUACUAGAGGAGGGCAAUCCGGGUUUACUCGUGCAUGAGACGGUGGCUAACGUUGACGGACAAGCUACACUCAUUCAGCAUAUACUCAAACGCGAAGCAGAGAUCCAUGCGGCUUCUGCUCUUUUUAGUCUUAGCAGUAUAUCUGCAUCUACUAGUAUGAGUGCUAUCGGUGCCUCCUUAGAGAUUAGUCACGACGUUGGGGCAAGUACCGGCAGCGAUAGUGAGCGGGAGCACGCCACCAAAUACUUUUGUGGGUCGCUCCAAGCUUGA